AUGGACGCCGAGCGAUUCAAUGUAUCCCUUACCUUCCUAUCGCAACAGGCAGCACUGCUCUACGAAAGACAGCUGUCCCAGGUCAGAGCUGGUUUGCAAAAAGCGAAUAGGCUCUCGUCGGGUGCGUCACCAACACCCGGCUCUGUAUCGGGUAGCGGUACGGCAGGAGGAUACGCCAUGACCAGAGGAGGCAGUGGAGGUAUGGACCGUUCGACUUGCAGCUUCACUCUUGCUGAUCCCGCACAGGAUCGCGAGUACCGUCUUCACUAUCACAUAGAGCGAAAGAGCGUACAACCUCUCAUGGUGAAGCAAGUACAGAAUUUCCACGAGCAGCACGACUUCCUAGGUCCAAUGUCUCGAACAGCCUCAACCCAUACUGUCACUCAAAUCCCUGCUUCGCCACGAACGCCUACUGAAAGACAUUCUUCUUUUGCCCAGCGAGCCCGGAGUCGCGAAAAUCCUGGCAGAUCUAUUGAAGCAUCUCCAAAACAACAGCAGCGUCCGAUUGGCAGAGAAGCUAGCCCUUCGGCCAUAGCCAGCGACUCGUCUUCCUCUUCUUCAUCCGAUGAUGCUCCCCACCCGUUGUCUCGCAGCCGAGCCUUUGCCCGUCGACCACGGUACUCCUCCUCCAAAGCUCCCCUCAACCCUCUGUCCGUUGCAGAUGAGGAAGACGAGGACUCUCCACCCUUUCUUCCCUUCUCAGACGCUCGUCCCAUUACACCACCACUGCCUACAGACCCCAGCUCCACCCUUAAAAUAUCUCCAAAGCGACCAACCUCACGCCGGUCGCCGCCCGCAACCCUUACAAAACCCAAAGCCUCAAACCUACCACAGACUGCCCACUCAUCCUCAUCAUCUGUGCAAUCACAGUCCCAAUCGCAGAACCGACCGCCACAGCAUAACCCUCUCUCAACGCUCUCGCCUAGGCAGAGACGUAUGGCGAAGGAAGGGAGUGAAGGGACGCCAAGUAUGGGAAGCAGUUUUAGCGAAUUAGAUGAGGCGAGCGUGACACAGAGUGCGUUGGAGGAACAUUUGGCGAAUGAGAUGACGCAUGGAAGUGUGGCGAGUAGGAUGAGUACGAUUAGUCAGGCUCUGAGAUCGAGGUAUCUAUAA